GCGGGACUUCCGUUGUCAAGGCAAAUGUCCGGAGCUGGCUGUGCGUGUGCUGGGUAGUGAGGAGGAGGGGAGCCCUGCUCUGUCAUACGGUCUGCGGAGAAGGAUAUUUGACCCUGUACCAGAUGUUAUAAAGCCCUAAUGGGCCAGGAGGAUAGCGCUACUUAAAACAGGUUACAAGGAAAAUACCUACUAAGCCAAUACUUGGUUGAUCACAAAGAGAAAAAAAAACUGGUGUAGUGGAUGUGGCACUUGUUCAGCAUGAUUCCCGUAAGGCUCAGAGGACAGUUUUUCUUCCAUCCUGUUGGAAACCACAAAGUGAGGAGGGAUGCCCACUGAAAGUGGAAGCUGGGCGGCGGCGCGACAGACUAAGCAGAAGCGCAAGUCCAACAGUCUGACCCUAAAGAGGACAAACAGCUCGGAGCAGGACCGCCCCAGCCUGCAUCGGGACAUGCUGGAAGGACAGGAUUCCAAGCUGCCGUCGUCUGUACGGAAUACUCUUCUGGAGCUCUUCGGGCAAAUAGAAAGGGAAUUUGAGAAUCUCUACAUAGAGAAUCUAGAAUUGCGACGUGAAAUAGACACAUUGAAUGAACGCCUGGCAGUAGAAGGACAAACAAUCGAUGGUGCUGAAUUAAGUAAAGGUCAAAUGAAAACCAAAGCUAGUCACAGUACAAGCCAGCUGUCACAGAAGCUGAAGACCACCUACAAAGCAUCAACCAGCAAGAUCGUCUCCAGCUUCAAGACCACAACGUCUCGGGCGAUCUGCCAGUUGGUGAAAGAGUAUGUUGGCCACAGGGACGGUCUGUGGGAUGUCAGUGUUACACGGACACAGCCAGUAGUCCUAGGGACAGCCUCUGCAGAUCACACAGCAUUGCUGUGGAGCAUAGAGACUGGAAAAUGCCUUACCAAGUACAUUGGCCAUGCUGGAUCAGUGAACUCUAUAAAAUUUCACCCUACAGAUCAAAUUGCAUUAACAGCAUCUGGAGACCAGACAGCUCACAUCUGGCGCUACGUGGUGCAGUUACCCACUCCGCAGCCAUCAGCAGACACCAGCAUAUCUGCAGAAGAAGAAGUGGACUUUUCAGAUAAAGAUGAUCUUGAUGCGGACGGAGAUAUUUCCAGUGAUUGUCCUACUGUCCGGGUGCCCAUAACCACACUUAAAAGUCAUCAGGGAGUGGUAAUCGCUGCUGAUUGGUUGGUCGGGGGAAAGCAAGCUGUUACAGCAUCAUGGGAUAGGACUGCCAACUUGUAUGAUGUAGAGACGUCUGAGCUGGUCCACUCCCUCACAGGUCACGACCAGGAAUUAACCCACUGCUGCACACAUCCCACACAGCGUCUUGUAGUGACGUCAUCCCGUGACACAACCUUCCGGCUGUGGGAUUUUAGAGACCCCUCAAUACAUUCUGUGAAUGUUUUUCAGGGCCACACUGAUACUGUGACCUCUGCUGUGUUUACGGUGGGGGACAAUGUUGUGUCGGGAAGUGAUGACCGUACUGUGAAAGUCUGGGAUUUGAAGAAUAUGAGAUCACCCAUUGCCACCAUACGAACAGAUUCUGCUGUAAACAGGAUUAGUGUGUCCGUCGGCCAGAGGAUCAUUGCCCUUCCGCAUGACAAUCGACAGGUUCGGUUAUUUGAUAUGUCUGGAGUAAGAUUAGCGCGUCUUCCUCGCAGUAAUAGACAGGGCCACCGUAGAAUGGUCUGCUGCUCGGCUUGGAGCGAAGAUCAUCCAACAUGCAAUCUCUUCACGUGCGGCUUCGAUCGCCAGGCCAUAGGAUGGAACAUAAACAUCCCUGCAUUGCUGCAAGAGAAAUGAACCUAAGAAGACCUAAAUAUGUAUAUGUAUUGGUUGAAUUUAACAUUUUUACCAUGGAUAUUUUCCAUCAGCACAGGCGUUCACUGGCCUGCCGUUAUUGUGAGAUCCCAAAAACGAGUGCUUUGUAAACGUGUUCUCAUUCCCUCAUUGUGCAUGACGCAUCUGAGGAAAACAGGCAAGACACAGUCCUUGUCCCUCCGUUUUAAAGAUGAAAUAUUUCUUUUGGGAUCCCAUCACAAAAAUCUUUAUUUUUCAUCCAGAGCACAUUGUAGUGCUUAUUACUUGUCACUAUCAAAUGUAGAUGUGCAGUAGGGCAUUACAUUACUGUGAUAUAAUGUGAAUCUCAUGUAAUUGUUGUGAAGGAUGUAAUCGUCUGCUGCAUUUAUACAUAGGCAUAUCUGCCGCCUGUAAAAAAUAAAUAGACAUAAGAGUAAAUUAAAAACUGUUACAGAAAAAAAAAAACUAUGAAAUGGAGUGUAUAUGUCACUCAUGGCAUAGUUCAGCAUUAUACAACAAAUUCAUCAUAAAGCAUUUGCUGCUUCUGGUAUUAUUUUUUUCCUGUUUUUUUGAGGCUUCAGCAUUUUAUCUUACUUUUUUUAAAAUAUGUAUUUUUAUUUUGUUCUUUAAAGGAUGUAUGUUACAAAAAUAAGCAAAAAAUGUUGUUGAGCCACAAUUGCAGUUGUGAUAUAUAGUCAUGGCCGUAAAUGUUGGCACCCCUGAAAUUUUUCAAGAAAAUGAAGUAUUUCUCACAGAAAAGGAUUGCAGUAACACAUGUUUUGCUAUACACACGUUUAUUCCCUUUUGUGUGUAUUGGAACUAAACAAAAAAAAUUGAUUAAAAAAAGCAAAUUGGACAUAAUGUCACACCAAACUCCAAAAAUGGUCUGGACAAAAUUAUUGGCACCCUUAACUUAAUAUUUGGAAAAAAAUAACUGAAAUCAGUUGCUUCCUAGAACUAUCAAUAAGCUUCUUACACCUCUCAGCCGGAAUGUUGGACCACUCUUCCUUUGCAAACUGCUCCAGGUCUCUCUUAUUGGAAGGCGCCUUUUCCCAACAGCAAUUUUAAGAUCUCUCCACAGUUGUUCAAUGGAAUUUAGAUCUGGACUCAUUGCUAGCCACUUCAGAACUCUCCAGCGCUUUGUUGCCAUCCAUUUUUGGGGGCUUUUUGACGUAUGUUUGGGGCAUAGUCCUGCUUGAAAACCCAAGAUCUCGGACGCAAACCCAGCUUUCUGACACUGGGCUGUGCAGUGCGACCCGAAAUCCGUUGGUAAUCCUCAGAUUUUAUGAUGCCUUGCACAUAUUCAAGGCACCCAGUGCCAGAGGCAGCAAAACAACCAAAACAUAAUUGAACCUCCACCAUAUUUCACUGUUGGUACUGUGUUCUUUUCUUUGUAGGGCUCAUUCUGUUUUCGGUAAACAGUAGAAUGAUGGGCUUUACCAAAAAGCUCUAUCUUGGUCUCAUCUGUCCACAAGAUGUUUUCCCAGAAGGAAGUUUAUUUUGGCAAAAUGUAGUCUUGCUUUUUUAUGUCUCUGUGUCAGCAGUGGGGUCCUCCUGGGUCUCCUGCCAUAGCGUUUAAUUUCAUUUAAAUGUCGACGGAUAGUUUGCGCUGACACUGAUGCUCCCUGAGCCUGGUGGACAGCUUGAAUAUCUUUGGAACUUGUUUGGGGCUGCUUAUCCACCAUCCGGACUAUCCUGCAUUGACAUCUUUCAUAAAUUUUUCUCUUCCGUCCAUACCCAGGGAGAUUAGCUACAGUGCCAUGGGUUGCAAACUUCUUGAUAAUGUUGCGCACUGUGGACAAAGGCAAAUCUAGAUCUCUGGAGAUGGACUUGUAACCUUGAGAUUAUUGAUAUUUUUCCACAAUUUUGGUUCUCAAGUCCACAGACAGUUCUCUUCUUCUCUUUCUGUUGUCCAUGCUUAGUGUGACACACACAGACACACAAUGCAAAGACUAAGUGAACUUCUCUCCUUUUUAUCUGCUUUCAUGUGUUAAUUUUAUAUUGCACACACCUGUUACUUGUUCCAGGUGAGUUUAAAGGAACAUCACAUGUUUGAAACAAUCUUAUUUUUCUACAAUUUUGAAAGGGUGCCAAUAAUUUUGUCCAGCCUAUUUUUGGAGUUUGGUGACAUUAUGUCCAAUUUGUUUUUUUCCUCCCUUUUUUGGUUUAGUUCCAAUACACACAAAGGGAAUAAACAUGUGUAUAGCAAAACAUGUUACUGCAAUCCUUUUCUGUGAGAAAUACUUUAUUUUCUUGAAAAAUUUCAGGGGUGCCAACAUUUAUGGCAGUGUCUAUGCUGGACUUUGUUGUUCUAGAAUAGUAUGGACACUAGGGCAGAGAGGUUUGCUUUUGACCAACUUAUACUUUGCUUCUAGAUAUAGCCUUAUUAAAAUGGUUGUCCGAGAUUAGGGGGAAAAAAUGGUCUGCCUUUUACCCCCCAAAGCAGGGUAACUAUUAUUUGGACACAGUGCAGGGCUUCAAGUGCUGUGUCCGUUCACGUGUGCACUUCGGCAUUUCCAAAUUCCCAUAGACUCACGCAACGUGCAAAUUUAUGGGACUCCAGUGAUUCCGUUCUUUUGGCGGAGCGAAAGCACUUGCUUGCAUCAUGUCCAAAUGAUAGUUGUGUUUUAGCCCCAUUCUCAUGAAUGAGGGUAAUUUGCAAUACCAGGCAAAUCCCAAGAAAGGUUCAGCUUCUGUCGGAAAAGCUAUUUAAUUCCUUCUAAAUAACUUAUAACCUAUCCACCAUAUAGCUAAGUACAUGUUCGCUGGGGUCCGACUGCUGGGACCCCUGCCAAUCACAAGUUCUUCAAGCACUCUGAAUAUAGGUGAUCCACUUUCUUGUGAUCAGUGUUGGUCCCAGUUAUCGGACCGCCACCAAUCAGAUGGUAACCUUUUUAACUAUAUUGUACUUAUUUUGAAUUAUAGCUAUAUGUACCCCGAUGCUGCAUUCACAAUGUACACUUAAACAGCUUGGCUAGGCUCUUAUAACACAAUGAGAUCUGCUGAACUACUUUCUGGAACAGAUAUGUGUUCUAAAUCAGAUAACUGUGCUGUGUCUGGUGUAAAAACAUGUCCCAGAAUACAGAAUGGCAAACCAUCUGCUUUCCAGACACCGAUCUAGCAGGGGGUCACUGGGAGAUAAGAGAUCAGUAGAAUUCAGAAUGCAGCUCUUGAUGAGAUUGGUCCGUAAUGCAGUAAAUGUGCAUAUUUACCUAACUUUUGUAUUGUCUAGAUGUGGACUAUAAAAAAUGUAUAUUUGCAAAAGUGAAUUUUCUCUUUUAGGGUAGGGUCACCCGCAGCGCAUACGGAGCAUAUUUGACGCUGCAAGACAUCUGGCGGGCAGUGGAAAACAUGACACAUGCGCUAUGAGCAGAAACACAGGGCUUUCCCCACCACAGUCCUGUGUGUGCAGUGAUGUUCAGAGAUGGACUGAGCGCACCAACCUAACUGUGACGUGAGGGCCCGCUUCUAAACCUUAUUGCGCACACACAGAGCUGCGGCGGGGAAAGCCUUGUGUGUCUGCUUAUUGCACAUAUGCACCGUAGACAGAAUGCUCACAGCGUAAAAUACCGUGCGUGUUUGACCCUUCCCUUAAAGUCUAUUCACACGUACAGCGUAUUUAAUACGCAGGAUUCGAAGCCAUUUAGGUUGUAUUGAAAUCUGCAGCAUCAAAUAUGCACAAGAUAAUGUACAUGUGAAUACACCCUUAGGGAAGGGUCGUACGUAACGGUGUAUGUUUGGCUGCUCCAAGCGACGGAUUGCUGCUGUGAAUGGGCAAGGUGGAGGGGGGCUUGGUUAUGACAACAGCUGGAGGCACACUAUGGGUCAGGUCACCGGCGGAUCAGUUACAUAAGGAUCGACCGAUUAUUGGUUUGACCGAUAUCACGAUUUUGGAAGUUAUCGGUAUCGGCAAUUACCUUGCCGAUAAUGCCCCCCCACCCCACCGCACCACCGCCCCGGCCAGAGACCACCGCUGCCCCAUUGCCUCCCCCAUCCCCGGUUUUAUAAUUACCUGUGCCCGGCGUCCGCGCUACUUCUGGCUCCUGCGGCAUCCUGUGUUACGCUGUGCAAUGGCGAGUGAUGUCACAACGCAACGUCACCGUCAGUGCGCACAGUGACAGCUCAGGACGCCGCUGGAGCCAGAAGUAGCGCAGACCCCGGGAACAGGUAAUUAUAAAACCGGGGAUGCGGAGGCAAUGGGGCAGCGGCGGUGGUUGGACUAAGGACCGGCAGGGGGAGAGAAGCGGGCGGCGGCAGUCUCUGGUCCUGCAAAAGCCGCUGCAGUUCAUUGAUUUAAAGCGCCAGCCGAUAAUUUAUACCGGAAUAUCGGCUAUCGACCGGAAAGGCCACAGAUUAUCGGGAUCGGCCCUAAAAAAUCAAUAUCGUUCGAUCCCUAGACCCUACCCUUUGGGUCUAUUCACUCGUGCAGUAUCUGCUACGUAUUUAAAGCUGCAGAUUUCAGUGUAAACUAAAUGACUGAACACAACUCAAAAUCUGCAACAUCCAAUAUGCGCAGGACACUGUGAAUAGACCCUAAAGGGGUUGUUCUACCAACAAGGAUGAAGGAUAUAUAUAUAUGAUCGCUGGAGGACUCAACACAGGAACACCCAACGAUCACGCAAAUCAUAUAUUAAUAAUUUAUCCCAGUGUUUCCCAACCAGUGUGCCUCCAGCUAUUGCAAAACUACAACUCCCAGCAUGCCUGGACAGCCGAAGGCUUGGUGUUGUAGUUUUGCAAUAGCUGGAGGUACACUGGUUGGGGAAACCCUAAUUUAUCCUCAUUAAUGGGACAUCCCCUUUUUAAAUCUACUAUACCAUUGCCAAAUCUCUUCGGUGAGCUUAUCAUCGUCGACAGGAAUUUAUACUCUUACCUUGCCCAUGCCUUGUUUAGAGUAAAAAAAAAAAAAGAUAAUCUCUUAGGAGCCUGUUCUUGUGAGAAUUGAAAUCAGGCUCGCAAUGUGAUUUUCAAUCACCAAAAAUAUGAAAGCAAAUUUAAAGCACUUUAGCUCUGAGAUGCCGUUACGAACAAUUUGUAACACUCUCAAAUAGCAUUUUCAGCGACUGCGGGCUGACCUUCUUAGGAAUGACUUUGACAACAUUUAGAGCAAUUUUCCCCCCAAAAUAAUAAUAAGACGACAAAAAAAAGAAAAGCUUAACAGGUUGCAUUUUAUAAUUUUUUUUCCGCCCCAUCAAUACUAUUCUUUUGAAAUCAUUGCAUCCCCAGCUUUACAUAGCUAGGCUGUUAAUGUUGCUAUGUAAUAUAUUAUUGUUCUCCUUGAGUAUUGAUGAUUUAUUUGCUAAAUGGCGCGCCAGGAGAUCAUAGUCAGCAAUAAGGCGGCCUGCUUUCCUGUUUUGCACAUGAAUGUGAUGACACUCCAGGGGAAGUCUUAGGGAAAUCUUUACAUCUAAAUGAUAUCUGUAUGUAAAUGUAUUGAUUGUAUCGGUCACAUGUCAUUUCCGAAUUAAAAACAAGUGCGUCCGUG